UACACAACGCUCUGGAGUGGCCCACGAAAACAAAUGCAACACAAAAGCUACGGUGCAGCUUGUGUCGUCACACAUCAAGCCAAAGCGUGUUCGACGUGAUUUUUCGAACCCUUUAAACGUUUCUCCGCGUUUGGCCUUGUUUUGUUUGCGUAUCAAGGGUGCUACGACCUGACAAUAGGUGUGUCCUCUUUGCGUGACGCAGAAGGGGAGGGGGUCCCCCUCGUAAGAUGUUUAUGACGUCACGCGACAAGAGGCACUAAGAGGCGUCAGCUGUGAAGAGGCGCAGACUAGUAGGAAGCGCGAGUAGUCCUAACCAAUAAGCAACGUUCAGCUAUACCUAAUGCUGCAAUUUUUCGCCUGCUUUUUGGACGUUAAAGGAUUUUCGAUAUGAUGUUAGUUAAAUUAUUCAUCGCUGUUUGCUGGCUGCUUGACACACCAGCUUUGUUUGGGGAACGCUUGGACCGAUACAUUUCCCAUUACGAGGGUUUAUCCUAUGACACAGAGGCCCUGCACAACAGUCACCAGAGAGCAAAGAGGGCACUCUCUCCUCAUGAUGGAAAUGUGCACCUGGACUUCCAUUCUCAUGGGAGGCAUUUCAACCUGCAGAUGAGGAGGGACACUUCGGUGUUUUCUCCAGAUGUCAUCGUCGACGUGGCGGGAGAGGAAACACCCAUUGACAUGUCAUAUAUCUACAGCGGAGAACUCUUGGGGGAAAACGGCACACAGACCCAUGGUUCCCUGAUCAACGGGCGAUUCGACGGCUUCAUUAAAACCCACCAAGGGACAUAUUUUGUUGAACCAGCCGAGAGGUACUUUAAGGAGAAAAAUGAGACCUUCCACUCCGUCAUCUAUCAUGAGGACAACAUCACUUUUCCUUUUAACCAUGACUUUGGUGGACACUAUGCUAACCAAUCAGUGUUUGAGAGGAUGAGAAAGUAUCAGGCAGCUGCAGUAGAUGAGCAUGUCAAAUGGGGGAUGAGUUCACUGGAUGAGGAGCAAGCCAAUGGUCCUGUGAUUUUAAGGAGGAAGAGGGCAGCAGGAAAAGAAAAGACUGUAUGCCAGUUAUUUAUUCAGACUGACCACUUAUUCCAUGAGUUCUACAAAACUCGAGAGGCUGUCAUUGCACAGAUCUCCAGCCAUGUUAAGGCUAUUGACUCCAUUUACCAAGCCACAAACUUCAACGGCAUUCGAAAUAUCGGCUUCAUGGUGAAAAGAAUCAAGAUAAACACCACAGCCAACAAAUAUGAACAUACCAAUCCUUUCCGUUUUGAGAACAUCGGAGUGGAGAAGUUUUUAGAGCUGAGCUCUGAACAGAACCACAAUGAAUACUGCCUGGCCUAUGUCUUCACUAACAGGGACUUUGACGAUGGCGUCCUUGGUUUGGCUUGGGUUGCCGAUCCCUCAGGAAUUUCUGGAGGCAUCUGUGAGAAGCAUAGGGCGUUUGCUGAUGGGAAGUCCAAGUCUCUGAACACUGGUAUUAUCACUAUGAAGAACUACGGCUCGCACGUCCCUACAAAGGUGUCGCACAUCACCUUUGCCCAUGAGGUUGGCCACAACUUUGGCUCGAAUCAUGACUCUGGGCUGGAGUGCACCCCUGGCGAGUCACCCAGUCAAAGAGCCAAAGAACUUGGCAAUUACAUCAUGUAUGCAAGAGCCACCUCAGGAGACAAGCUCAACAAUAACAAGUUUUCCAGCUGCAGCAUCCACAAUAUGAGUGCUGUUCUAGCAAGGAGGAAGGACAGUUGUUUUGUUGAAUCUGGACAACCUAUCUGUGGCAAUGGACUUGUGGAAGACGGAGAAGAGUGUGACUGCGGCUACAGUGACGAGUGUGAAGAAUCCUGCUGCUAUAAUGCCAAUGAACCGGUGGACAAGCGGUGCAAACUGCUACCUGGGAAGGUUUGCAGUCCAAGCCAAGGCCCAUGCUGCAAAGAUGAUUGCAGUUACAAGGGCUUGAGUGACAAGUGCAGCGAGGAGACUGAUUGUACCAAGGAGGGAAUGUGCAGUGGUACAACUGCCUCGUGUCUUCCUGCUGAACCAAAGGAAAACAUGACCGAUUGCAAUGGAGGCACACAAGUCUGUCUCAGUGGGGUCUGCAGUGGUUCCAUUUGUAAUAAGUACGGUCUUGAAGGUUGCACCUGUGCUAGCAGUGGCAAGGAUGAGGCGGCUGAACUCUGCCAUGUGUGCUGCAUGAACAAAACGGACCCCAGCACCUGUAGCAGCUCUAGCUCAGAGAACUGGAUCAGUUAUUUCCAAGGAAAAACCAUAACUCUGCAGCCUGGCUCACCGUGCAACGACUUCAAGGGCUACUGUGAUGUGUUCCAGAGGUGCCGUCUGGUGGAUGCUGACGGGCCUCUGGCAAGGCUUAAGAAGGCCAUAUUCAAUCCAGAAAUCUAUAAGACUAUCGCUGAGUGGAUGGCGGACUACUGGUGGGCAGUGCUUUUGAUGGGCAUCGCACUUACUAUGCUAAUGACUGGUUUCAUCAAGAUCUGCAGUGUGCACACUCCGAGCAGCAACCCCAAACUGCCUCCUCCAAAGCCACUGCCAGGCACCUUGAAGAGAAGAAGACUGCAGCAGGCCAACGCUCACUUUUCACGGAACUACGGGGGCAACCAUCAAAUGGCUCAGAUGUUCAUCUGAGUUGACCUGUCAUUUGCGCUCAGCCGCUGGCUCCUUUCUAGUGCCUACACUGAAGAGUCACUGUACCUUUUGUACUGCAAAAAUUUCAACUGAAUCUGAGUCAUUUGGAGAGCAGUCUUUGUGCGCUUGAGAGCCUGCGUACAGUUUAUGAAAAGAAGUAACAAGAAUAGAAUUUUUCACUGAGCAAAGUAACAAAGAAUAGAAUUUCUCUGAGCGCUAUUAUGUAGUCUUAACCUUUACAUAUUUUACUGGACUAAAUUGGUGUUCACCUUUUUUCUGUUCAAUCUGAAGAGACUGCCAAUCAAAACGCUUUGGCGGCUGCCAUUGCCAUUUUAGUUUUAAAAGAAACGCCAUAAAAACAAGGGUUUUUUUGCCUUUUAAUAUUGAAUGUAAAGUUCAUAUACAGUAUGUUCAAACUGUAUUUCGGGGGAGUUUACAUUCACUUUCUCAGGAUUGAAAAACAAAAAAUAUUAGGCACUUGCCAAGUGGUGCCUUUGUGUGGAUAUAGGUACAUAAACAGGUGUUUGGAGGACAUUGCACGGCAUACUAUUUCAGCUUUGUUUAAAUGUAAUGUGAGGUUCAUGUUAAUGGUGAGAAUUGGCCAUAAUUGGCCAUUUGUCAAUUUGUUAGAGCUACUACGCCUGACUUGGCAAUGUAAACAUUUGAGAAAGUGCUUCUCGGAGAUAGCACACAGUAAAAAGUGCCUACUGACAGCUCCAACUUGAGACGAUCUAUUAUCAAUGACCUCACAAAUGGUUUGUCUUCGCCUGUUUUACAUAUGAGUAUACAGUAUGUUAAAAAUGCAGUACGUUAAAUUUUUUGUGCUGACUGUUGAAAGCAUUUCACUGGGGAAAAUUGGCUGCUGGAAAAGUUCAUUUAUUCCACAUGAUGCUGCUGUUGGUUGCGUGCAAGGUGAAGGAUGUAUUAGAUUUAAUGCUGCGGCCUUUUCACUGAGAAAUGCCUUCACGGUUUCCACCAACAGACUUGUUCAUUCAUGUGCUGUGAUGUGGGGGAAUAUGAGUUAGAAAAGCCAGUUGGCAAUGUUUUUGGUACGUUUAUACACUGGAGAUGUGAAAGAAUGUCAGUACUGCAGCCUGAUUGUAGUUCUUUUGUACAGUAACUGUUUGCAUUUUACUGCAUUUGAUUAAUUUGUAUUUAUUGA